CUUACACACACACACCAACUCCUCUGCAGGGGUUUUUUUCUCUAUUCUCUGUGCGUGUCUCUGCCCGCACUGCCAGUGUGUGUGUGUGUGUGUGUGUGUGUGUGUGUGUGUGUGAUGACGCUGUGGGCUGGAAAAGCUGCACGCACUACACGAGGCUCAGAAUGCGACCAACAACACAAGCACGAGGUUCAUAGUACACUCCACACACACACAUACACACACACUGAGAGUUCUCCUGCUCAGAUUCUGCUCCAGCUGCUCUCACACACACACACACACACACACACACACACACACACACACACACACACACACACACACACACACACACACACACACAGCAUAAAGGUGCAGAAAGAACUCACCUGGAGGAAAGUUUUUUAAAGCGAUGACAGACGCCGAGCCACAGCUGCUUCUUCUCCUCCAGCAGGUCUGAUCUCACGCAGGAACAGGGCUGGAGUUCUCCAACACCGAUCUCACAGAUGAACCUUAUCUGAGGAACAUCAGAUCUACAGAUCUUAUCUGAGAGGAGCUGCAACUGAAACUCUACUGCGACACUCCAGAGGACGAUAUUCUACUUUAUUCCACUUUUCUUUUACAUUAAUAUAUUUUUGGAUGGAGAGCUUCAGGAUGUUCCUCCUCUUCCACCUUCUCUCCUUUCUCCUGCACAGGGCAGAUUCGAAUGCCAUCAUUGGGUUGUCCAAGCACAUCGAGCCCAUCCUCAAUGCCAACACGGUGUGUCUAACGCUCCCGGGCCUGACAAAGAAGCAGAUGGACAUGUGCAUGAGAAACCCGGACGUCACAGCCUCAGCCAUCCAGGGCAUCCAGAUCGCCAUCCACGAGUGCCAGCACCAGUUCAGGGGGCAUCGCUGGAACUGCUCAAGCCUCGAGACACGAAACAAGAUUCCGUACGAGAGCAUCGUCUUCAGCCGAGGGUUCAGGGAGAGCGCGUUUGCAUACGCUAUCGCCGCAGCAGGAGUGCUACACUCUGUCUCUAAUGCCUGCUCCAUGGGGAAACUGAAGGCGUGUAGCUGCGAUGAGAAGCGGCGUGGAAAUGAAGAAGUCUUCCGUCAGAAGCUGAACCGAUUGCAGCUGGAGGCCAUCCACCAUGGCAAGGGCAUGGUGCACGGCGUGAUGGAGGAGCGAGGGGGUGUCCUGGAGGACCAUGGGGGGGCCAAAGGGGGCGGAGCUUUGGAGGAGUGGGAGUGGGGGGGGUGCAGUCCCAAUGUGGAGUUCGGGGAGAAGUUCUCUAAAGACUUCCUGGACUCGAGAGAGACCUACAGAGACAUCCACGCCCGGAUGAGACUGCACAACAACCGUGUAGGACGACAGGUGGUGUUGGAUCACAUGCGGCGGAAGUGUAAAUGUCACGGCACGUCAGGAAGCUGCCAGCUUAAAACAUGUUGGCAGGUGACCCCUGAUUUCCGGCUAGUGGGCUCGCUGCUGAAAGAGCGCUUCAACCUAGCUGCACUGAUCAAAACACACAACCGCAACACGGGCCAAGUGGAGCAUGUACCUCAGCAUCAGCACCAGCACCACCACCAUCACCAUCAUCAUCACCACCAUCAUCAUAAUCAUCAAAACCACCAUCACCACCAUCCCCCGCAGCACCAGCGGCGACGCAACAACGCCAACGAGCUCGUCUACUUUGAGAAGUCUCCAGAUUUCUGCGAAAGUGACAUCGAGUCGGACUCGGCGGGGACGCAGGGACGCAUCUGCAACAAGACGAGCCAGGGCAUGGACAACUGCGAGAGCCUGUGCUGUGGGCGGGGACACAACAUCCUGCAGCAGACACGACGCGAACGCUGCAACUGCAAGUUCCACUGGUGCUGCUACGUCGUGUGUGAGGAGUGCAGGGUAAGCGAGUGGGUCAGCGUCUGCAAGUGACAACAGCUGACACCUGUAUAAACCAAUAAAUAUAUAAACGUCCAGUGAUGGGGAGGGACAAAAGGGCAGGACAAAGAUGAUGGACACGAGACUUCAGACAUUUUCCCAAAGGACUGCUAGCAUUCUGUUCUCUGUAGUAGAACAGAAAAUAAAAGAACCACUUGUUGGAGUGUAACGUGUAGCUCUGCCCCCUCGUGCCCACUCUUGCCACUCACAGUAGUUAUGCACUGUGUCAUUUCAGAAAAAAAAAACAUUUUUUAAAUGAAAUAUAGUAUCUCACAAAAGUGAGUGCACCCCUCACAUUUUUGUAAAUAUUUGAUGAUAUCUUUUCAUGUGACGACACUGAAGAAAUGACACUUUGCUACAAUGUAAAGUAGUGAGUGUACAGCUUGUGUAACAGUGUAAAUUUGCCAUCCCCUCAAAAUAACUCAACACACAGACAUUAAUGUCUAAACCGCUGGCAACAAAAGUGAGUACACCCCUAAGUGAAAAUGUCCAAAAUUGGGCCCAAUUAGCCAUUAUCCCUCCCCGGUGUCAUGUGACUUGUUAGUGUUACAAGGUCCCAGGUGUGAAUGGGGAGCAGGUGUGUUAAAUUUGGUGUCAUCGCUCUCACACUCCCUCAUACUGGUCACUGGAAGUUCAACAUGGCACCUCAUGGCAAAGAACUCUCUGAGGAUCUGAAAAAAAGAGUUGUUGCUCUACAUAAAGAUGGCGUAGGCUAUAAGAAGAUUGCCAAGAGCCUGACACUGAGCUGCAGCACGGUGGCCAAGACCAUACAGCGGUUUAAACAGGACAGGUUCCACUCAGAACAGGCCUCGCCAUGGUCGACCAAAGAAGUUGAGUGCACGUGCUCAGCGUCAUAUCCAGAGGUUGUGUUUGGGAAAUAGACGUAUGAGUGCUGCCAGCAUUGCUGCAGAUGGUGGUGGGAGUGUCAUGGUCUGCGGCUGCAUGAGAGCUGCCGGCACUGGGGAGCUACAGUUCAUUGAGGGAACCAUGAAUGCCAACAUGUACUGUGACAUACUGAAGCAGAGCAUGACCAGUAUGCAGUAUUCCAGCACGAUAACGACCCCAAACACACCUCCAAGAUGACCACUGCCUUGCUAAAGAAGCUGAGGGUGAAGGUGAUGGACUGGCCAAGCAUGUCUCCCUAUUGAGCAUCUGUGGGGCAUCCUCAAACGGAAGGUGGAGGAGCACAAAGUCUCUAACAUCCACCAGCUCCGUGAUGUCGUCAUGGAGGAGUGGAAGAGGACUCCAGUGGCAACCUGUGAAGCUCUGGUGAACUCCAUGCCCAAGUGGGUUAAGGCAGUGCUGGAAAAUAAUGGUGGCCACGCAAAAUAUUGACACUUUGGGCCCAUUUUGGACAUUUUCACUUAGGGGUGUACUCACUUUUGUUGCCAGCGGUUUAAACAUUAAUGUCUGUGUGUGGAGUUAUUUUGAGGGGACGGCAAAUUUACACUGUUACACAAGCUGUACACUCACUACUUUACAUUGUAGCAAAGUGUCAUUUCUUCAGUGUUGCCACAUGAAAAGAUAUCAUCAAAUAUUUGCAAAAAUGUCAGGGGUGUACUCACUUUUGUGAGAUACUGUAAGUUAAGGUUAUUAAUACAAAAAAUAUAUUGUGGAUGAUCACUAGAGAGCGCUCAAUAACAUCGCUAACUUUUAAUGUUUAUCUGUAAAGAUCUCAGAGUAGCGGCAGUGGAGGUGAGUGACUCUCUGGUUCACAGGAUGCAGACAACAAAAAAAAGAUCCACCGUAUUUAUCCACUAUGCACAGAGCCUUUGGUUUAUUCCUCCAUGUUUAUAUGUUUUAACACUUUCGUCUACGUGUAACACAAACUUGUUGGUGAUUUUCUGGACUGUAAGCCACACCCACAGAAAUUCAGACACAAACAAGCAAUAUACACGCCAUUUUCCUGUAAGGGCAUUUUUAUUUUCCAUAACGUUUGUACCGCUCCAUUAUUAGUGUUGCCAUGGUAAUUAACAAUGAUGACCAUGGAAACCUUGAUGUUCAGUUUGUAAGGAGCUUCUCCACAAAGCUAACAGUCAUGUAGUUUAUCACAUGCAGCGUGAAAUUAGCGUAAAUUCCAGAGUAGCACACUUGCCGUAAAACCCCUUCAAGAUCGUCAAGAGUUCUUUAAGGGUUCUUUAACAACUGAAGAAGUCCCCAUCACACCAUUUUCUCAGGAGCUACUUUCCCGUCCUAGCUAACAAUCACAUGAAGCCAGUGUUAUGUGCUGUUUUGAACCUGAUCGUAAAUAUUGGCACCCAGUUAAGAAGCACAGAUUCAUCAUUCAGGACUCAAAUGCUGUUGGUUAUUAUUACUUCUCUAGCAUAAACAAUAUUAUGA